UUCCAGUUAGUUUGAAAGUGGUUAUUUACACAACCCCGUUGGAUUGAAACUUCUCCUGGGCAACAUGUUCAAGCAGGAAAAGUCAUGUGCACUGCUUCCUCAUAUCAGUUAUCACUCAUUACACAGCUAUAUCACUAUAUGCUCAAGAAUUACAUCUGCCACCAUCCAUAAUAAGUAAGGCUCAAGGAUUUAUGCUUUUUUUUAUUCCCUCAGGAAAAUGCAGAAUCUGUUCAUAAAUAUCUCACAAUUUAAUUGCACAUUUGAUCCGACACAUUUAUUAAUUGGACUUAUUUAUGACAUACAUUAAAACACAUGGACAAUACAAUUUAUGGACCACAGCAGCAAAUUGUUUGUUUUGUCUGGCUGUUGCUGUGCAGAAAACAGAUUUUUGUUUUAAAUUAAUAGCAGUGUAGAAAUGACAUUCCUUUUGUUUUGUUUUUAUAAAACUUUUUGUAGCCAAUAUCAAACUAAACCUUGAAAGGUUUAUAAUCUUUAAAGUCGGUCUGUGCUCUUAUUACUAAAACAAAAUGUAGAAAAUGUGUUCCGAAGUACAGAAAUACUGAUUACAAUGCAUGAUUACAAAGAUUUCUCAACAGGUGUCAUAUAAAGUAAGGGACUUUCUGAACUCUCACUCUGAUUGAGAAGACAUUACUUGGAAUAAUGCGUACAGUCAAAAUGAAAAGUCGCUCUAUUACAACAAAUUUUUGACUUCACAUAGCUAGUCCUAGAGAAUUAAUUUGCAUUACUUCUUUAAAAAUCAGUGAUGCCUCUGUUAUGAGUAUUUGGGGUAGACUGGACUUGAGGCACACUGGAAGCCAUAAGUGCCUUUUCUGCCCAAAGUCUUUUUCCCUAUCUGUACAAAUGCUCAUGCAAAUUAUAUUAACAGUGUACAUGCUGAGAAUACAUUUGAGCACCAAAACACAACAAAUUCUUAUUGGAAUUAUUUAACUUUCCUUCUUGAAUCUGCAAAACAAGAUGUGUUAAACAUUGGGUGCUUUCCAGGUCAUAAGGCUGGUCAUAACGGAAUUAUUUUAUAAUUUUCAGGAAGGGUGACUGAACUGAAGCACAACAGAAAACCUGAGUGGCAGCGUAGUAUGAUGGUUAGGGAACUGGUCAUGCAACCUAAAGAUGACAGGCUUAAUUCCCGGGUAGGACACUGCUGUUGAGCAAGGUACUUAACCAGCAUUGUUGCAGUUUCAGUAAAUAUCCAGCUGAAUAAAUGGAAGCAUGUAAAUGUAAACGCAAUGUAAAAAGGAAGUGUAAGUUGCUCUAAAUAAGAGUCAGCCAAAUUCCGGUAAUGUAAUGUCCUGUAAUGAACCCCUGACCAGUUGAGUGGUCUGGCUACCAAUACAACAACAGAAAUUAUUUAGGGGAUUUUAUUUACUGCUGUUAAUACAGUUAGUUGUGACUGGAAGUAUUCAUCCAUAUUCCGCCCAUAUAAUUUGGGUUGUAGGUGAUUAGAAAUUAAAAGUCAAUGAAUGUAGUCUAAGGCUAUAUUUUCUUUUUGAACCCAAAUUUUUAAGAAUUGCCUAGCUGUGUACUGUAAGAACACAAAUCUCCAACUUCCCGGAACAAUAGAGGAACAUUAUCUUUUCCAAGAGAUCUCACAUUAAUACCUUUAUAUAACCAAUAGUAGCAUACACCUUAACCACAGAAUUGGAAACCACAGUUUUCACCUGGUGAUCUAAAACUCUCCAAAUAAACAUAAUCACCAGGAGACCACUUUUUAAGUGAAGUCGGUAAGGUGGGAACAUGGAUUGUAUUUUGAGUUCAUCAAUGAUUUGGAUGGGUGUGCCUUUCCUCUUUUUAUAAUCUUUCAUAAUCACACAUUAUCAACUAAUUUUCAAAUUUUCAGUUUCUUUCUCUGUAUGCUCCAGUAUACAAGAUGAAUCGACCUAUUUUUCUGUCAAAAAAGCCCUCCCCCUGCAGCCAUAGUUGAAAAAACUGAUUUAGACUGUCUCGAGGGAGAUUAAUUCAACAAGAAACGCACAUGAGAGGAAUGUCCAACUUCCACUUGACAAAAUUUACAAGAACUGCAACUUAUUUGCAUGAGAAAUACAGAACCUACAGACUGACUUUGUUUUUCUCUUCUCUUUGUUUUACUUUUUCUGUUGAACCAAGUUAAAUCCAAAGGACACAAACCCCUAUUACACCCUAAUAUUAGGUAAUGAGGAUAUAUAUUUCUUGAGUGGUUAUCUCUUUACGACAUUUUUUUUUUUUACCUCAUAACAUUGCUGUUUUAUAGAUGCUGAAAAUUGAUCAACACUUAUCAGUCAUUUACAUGAUGCUUGCGUUCAAUAUACACUCUCAAUGCAUACUACUUCUCAGCUGAACUCAGAGACACAUUGAAUGUGCCAUGUUUACACACUUGGGCUUAUCAGUUGUUAAUUCUCAUUACAUAGACUGGAGAAUUAUUGAACAUUGGUUCAAUGCGCCAUGCACAGUGCUGUUGUGUUCCUUUUUGUAUGCUAUCCUGAUCAUUGAUUGGUUACAUGAAUCUCAGUAUUAAUAUAUUAAGCACAAGCUCAACGUAUUAAUAUGAGUAUUGCGAUACAGUAUUAAUCACAACCCUAUGAAUAAAAUCUUAAUCCCCAGCUAUGUAUCAUAGUACUGUCAGCUCCAGAGAGGUGGAUCCUUGAGCCUCUAAUUGAUCAAACAAAACAAAAGGCAAGGCUCUUUGGUACUUCCCUAUUCUGUCAGUAAAGCCGUAAUAAUUCAGUCUAAUAUGAGUCAUCAUGUCAAACCCGAGAUAAUUUUAUUGGGGUGUAGUAGGGUGGGCUGGUUUCAUGUUCCUGUGGGCUAAUGGAUUACUUUCCCAGAUCUUUCAUAGCUAAAGGUAUUCCAGAUGAUUUUCCCCAUGCGAAACAGCCCGAUGAGCAAUGCCAUUUUCACCCUAAUGAUGACUAAGUGACAUCACGAGAGCUUCUCAGAAGUACAGUAUGUUUCAUGACAGUGUAAUUUCUGCUUUAGUGAUGGGAAACCAAACAUAUGUGAAAUGCCGAACUGGAAGCAGUGAAGUGGGUUUCCUUUCUAGCGAGCUGACAGAUCAGUUGAUGAGAGGACACGAAAAAGAGGACUUUUGCAAUCAUAAAUCAAAAGGAGCACAAUGAACGCCAGAACUGGAUUUCUUUUUAUUUUGUUAAACUGCAUAACUACGCCAGGUCUUCCGGCCGAAGUCAUUGUUAAAGGAGAAACCACUGCUGCCUUCGGCCAAGAAGCGUCCUUCUCCUGUUCUCUCUCUCAACCUGAUGGCGUUUCGCAAGUCACAUGGCAAAGACUCUUAAAAGACGACACCGUGGAGAACUUGGCCACCUUCAGCAAACGUUUUGGAGCUAAAGUCAUGGACCCACACGUCAGCAGGAUAGAUUUCAUGGAAGCGUCGCUCAACUCUACGUCAAUCAUAAUUAAGAAUGUGACUCUGGCGGACGAUGCCUGCUAUAUUUGUUCUUUUAAUGUUUAUCCCAGUGGAUCUAUACGGAAGCAAACCUGCCUUACUGUUCAAGGAAUAUUCGAAGCAAGAGCCUGGCUAAUUCCCAGUGGUGGGACUCCAUCGGGCGUUGCAGUCAGUUGUUCCGGUACUGGUAAACCUGCCCCUGAAGUUACAUGGAAUUCAACGGUGGAAGUCACCGCUGUACCCACAGAGCAACGCGUUUCCAAUGCUGACGGAACGAUGACGGUCACAAGCACGCUCCGUUUGUAUGACUUCUCUGGCAGGAGCGUAGACUGUCUCCUGAGCAGCCCUGGGACAACAGAUAAGAUCAGGAAAUCGGUUACAUUGCCUGAAAUUGUGACACCAAAAGGUGGAAAUUCUGCUUCUGGGCUGUGGAUAGGAGGCCUAUUUGUCUUUGCAGUAAUGUCUGUUGUCUUCGCCAUUGCACUUAGGCUCAGGAGAAAAAGAGCCACUUGUGGAGGCUACUCACCCAAUGGCAGGGAGCGGCUGGUUAGGAGGUGCAGUUGUUUUGCUGUCUCCAUUGAAGAGGAGGAGAACAGAACUUAAGACACACCCAUCCACAGAAGAGAAGCCAGCUCAGAUCACCAUGGAGAUGUUACUUAAAAAAAUAAAAUAAUAAUAAUCUAGGCUAUUUUAUGCAGCAA